AGGGACAUCCAUGGAGCACUUUUUCUACAUGAUGCAUGAUAUUGCCUGCUCUGGAACAUUUUCUACUACAAUUUUCGUGUCUUGAAGAUCACUAGAAUUUCUAUUCGAAGUUCCUGUUCCGAAAGUUUGAUGAGUUUUUCACAUCAAGAGCAUCACCUAGUUUAGCAUCUACUACAACAGACCUAUCUACUACUCUUGCAGCUAGUCCGGCGAGCACUAGUACUGGUUUAUUCGAUUUAGUAAUGUUGCAUUUAAUGCGAGCUACAUCAGCUAUCUUCGCGUAGAACAAGUUCGUUUUCUUACAUGUUGAUGUAGUUUUUCUCUUUUUCAGCCGAAGUGGAACCUCUAAGGACCACCAGAGCAUACUUAUAUAUUUCUAUAUCAAUAUCAUCUAUUUGAGUGUUAAUUUGAUUGCACUAGUGGGUACUACUAUCAGUAUCUGCUCGACGACUUUCGUUUUCGCUUACCGGGGAUCGCCUAUCAAAUGGAUUUAUCGUAGAAGGACUACAAGAGAUAGAAAUGUUCAAGGUGGUGUUGUCCUAGUAUAAGUAUUUUUUAGUUCUUCUUUGAAAUUUAUUGAAUUUGAAAAGUAAUAAGAUAAAAAGAAGAGAUGGCGUCUUCGUCCUCGAUGUUUGGUCACCUGGCCAUGGCGCCGCCAGACCCGAUUUUGAACACUGCUGCCAUGUAUAAGGCAGACACGCAUCCUCAGAAAGUGAACCUGGGCAUCGGCGCAUAUCGCACAGAGGAAGGCGUGCCGUGGGUUUUGCCAGUUGUGAAAAAAGCAGAGGAAGAACUACUACGCGAACUCGGUAACGGCGUCGAUAAAGAGUAUGCGCCGAUUGAUGGCAUGCCCAGUUUGAAGGUGCUUUUAUCAGUAUCCGCAGCUGCAAGUAUAAUUUGUUCUGGCAGGAAGUACUCUGGUAUAAUGCAGCGUCGAAGAUUGAAGCACAGACAAGCACUUUUUGAUUUACAGCAGCACGCGUUCGCGUAAGCAUCGGUAUGUCUAGUAAAUGCAUCAACAUGUGCAUUACGGAACUAGCACUUAGCACGAUAAUAACAAAUAGUAUCCCUUCGUACCGAGGCUUCUUGACAAAAGAACUACAACCAAAACUGCAACAGAACGCUACGCAGAAAUUGUUAUUCGGCAAGUCUGACGCUCGUAUCGCGAGCACGGCAGCCCUUUCGGGAACGGGCGCGCUGCGUGUUGUCGCUGAAUUUCUUGCCCUUCACUUGAAAUCGAAGAAGGUGUACUACUCAGACCCGACGUGGGGCAACCACCCAACAAUUUUCGAGAAUGCGGGUAUGGUGGCAGAAAAGUACCCAUACUGGAAUGCAGAGAAAAAAUGCCUCAGGGUGAAGGAGUGGUAUUUGGAUUGAGUUGGACAACAAGUAGUGGAGUAGGAGCUGAAGAUGUAAAUCUUCAUCUAUCUUCAGGACAUUUUUCACAUUAAUGAAAACUGUAGCUGUUUUGCUUUCAUCAUUUUGAUUGUUCUGCUUCCAACAUCUUAAAAACUCACAAGAACCUGAACCACAACCUCCCCCAGGAUCGCCCACAUCGAGGCAGCUGAGGAGGGGUCCUUGUACUUGAUUCAUCCUUGCGCACAUAAUCCCACUGGUAUGGAUCCAACCUGGGAAGAGUGGCAAGAGAUUUUAGCCGCCUUAUUGAAGAAAAAACACAUCUGCAUUCUCGACAGCGCGUAUCAUUAAGGCAAUUUGGACCAUCAAGAAUCAAAAUUAUCAUGAUCAUGGUGUCAACAAGUUACAACUAGUUGUAAUGACCCUUAGAGACGUAGCACACCUUGUGGUCACUCGCAUCGAUCCUCAUCGACAUCUAACCUCGAAUAAAAUACUUUUCCCUGCCACUUGUGGCACUUCUAAUCCAAAGGCUAUGCGAGCGGAAGCUUGGAGACCGAUCGUAAGGUGAUUGAGCUUUUCCUCGAAAAGUGCCCUGAGUUUUUCGUUUGCCAGUCUUUUGCGAAAAAUUUAGUUACGGCUUAUCUUGAUUUGGUUUUGGUUUACGCUGAAUAUUAGGAUCCUUCGAAGGUGGCACAGUGAAGAUGCACUUGAUGACGACCAUGCUUUUCAUGUUCAUCUUAGCAGCUAAGAAAUCGCGUUGUUCACCUUCACAAAUAUCCAACCUAUGUAUCUACUUGCAUAUGUUCCAGGACUCAGGACUGAAGGCCCCCCGGUCUAAAUUUUGAGGGGCGGACCUCCAGCCCCGGAUCCUACUUUUCCUCGAGGGACUGCCGGGCGGGAAGGCCUCCAAGCGCCCACCUUCGCGCCCUCGCGGCUUCUUGCAUGUACCCGACAGAACGCAAGCCCCUGAGGCCGUUCAAGCACCGACGGCCGGGGGUGGAAGGCUUCCAAAGGCGGCAAAGGGCGCAAGUUUUGACCGACUUGGCGCGUUGCAUGUACCCGACAGGCCUCCCACGUGCGGGCUCCUCACUGGGGGACUUUCUUGGCGGGUGGGAGGCCUCCGAGGGCAGCAGGUGGCAAGGCUUGACCCCUUUCGCCGUGCUACAUGUAUCCGACAGAACCCAGACGGGCACGUCUUGCCCCCACUCCUCCUUGCCUUUGGUCCUCAACCUCCCUGGCGUUUGGCGGCGGCUGACGCUGCCACCAAUUGGGGGGAUGAGUGCCAAAGGGGCCAGGCCUCGCGGCCGUGGCUGCUUUCGGCGGCCUUCUGCCCCCGGAGGCCGUCCCCCUGAUAGGGUCCAAGAGUCGGGACGCCUGUGGGGUACACGCGGAGAGCCGCAAGGGGAGGCCGGCUACGCCUUUUCUUGAGGGCCGUGCCCCCGGGAAUCCUUACACGUCACCACCGCGGAAAAUAGAGCGCGCUGACGCCCCAGCCGCUCCAUCCACAGGAGGGGGCCUCCAUCCUUGGCACAUAUAUAAUCAUCCAAAGCUUUUUUAUACCGUCCACAUCUGCUCUAAUUUCGGUCUCUACGGAGAGCGGAUCGGCAUGCUGCACGCAAUUUGCUCUUCAGAGGAACGAGCCGCUGUGGUCUUGAGUCAGAUUAAGUUGGUGAUCCGACCCAUGUACAGCUCUCCGCCAAUUCACGGUGCCUUGUUAGUUUCAAAAAUCCUCAACUCAGAACCACUCUACACCCAAUGGACGAGUGAACUGAAAUUCAUGGCUGAUCGCAUUGGCGAAGUAAGAUGGGGCUUGAGAAACGGACUAGAGGAAAAAGGCACACCGGGAACCUGGCACCACAUCACGGAUCAAAUCGGCAUGUUCUCGUUUACAGGUACAACUACUCGAAAUUGACAACAUGUGUCUCUUUGCUGUUGAGGAUUUUACAACAAAAACCUUAUAUAUAUACCGUGGUCUUCUGUCUCCGUAUAUUUUUAAUCUUCUAGUACAACUAGUUGUAUCGUGAGUUGUAGAUUUGGAUAAAUAAGAAAAGUACUAAUUAUGAUUUGAAUCACUUUCCGAAUGCUUGUUCUCCUUCUUCUAUCGUAAUAUGUCCUCCUCCAAUUCCAAAUUUAUGUUUUUCGUCACGCUUAGGUCUCUCGACGAAAGCCUGCGAGAGUCUUAUUUCGGAACAUCAUAUCUACCUGCUAAAGUCGGGUCGCAUUUCGUUAGCCGGUUUGAACAAAAACAAUUUGGCUUACGUCGUCGCUGCUAUCGAUCAAGUCGUGCGAAGCGAAAGCAGCACGUAAGCUUGUACUAUCCUACCUACCUGCUGAUCGUUUUUUUAGGUGUGGUGCCCCGAUAAGAGUUAGAGUAGGUGAACAAAAAUGGAUGUUGGAAUGUUGUUACUGCAGUCUGAACACUUGUGGAAGUUGGUGUUGGAAAGGCGAAGGCAUCAAGAUCUUGUGCUUGUAGAUGAAGUUAGUUGUAGGCGAGAGUGCUCAUAAAGUACUCGUGAUGUACAUGAAAAUUCCUGUCAAAGACAUGACGGUGACUCUUUUUCGCCUCACAGUCGUGGCGAAUUUUUUUUAGAAAAAUGGAGAAGACGCAGAGGACGACCACGACUUCUCUGUGUAUUAUAUAUUUAUAUAUAUUGAGAACCUUUUUCUCGUAAUAAGUAAGAGCAUUAGCAUCCAUAGCCCACCCCUCGUCAUAGCGAGCCCAAAUGAAGUCCUCUUUCGUGACAUUUCGCACCGUGUGCUGCUGCUGGUCCUGAUCCUGAAUAUGAAGAGGAAGUAUUAUUUAGCUCAUGAUGUCCAAAAUCACGAUCACCAAGCAGCUCGACGACCUCCGACUCGUCACCCAGAAAAUCUGAGCCUUUUCGUGCAAAAGCAGCCGUCCAUCUUCUAGAACAUACUGGUGGUCAACGAUUUAUCAUCCUUGAUGACUUGUAUGCAGUCGGUCGUGCUGCAUAGAGUGUUCGCUUGUCUAGUACCCAUACCCACCUCGACCUCCAAUUCAAUCCAACGAUGAGUAAGAUGCACACCCUAUCUAACCCGUAUACAUGAUAGUGUUUUGAAGAUUCUUGCAAGAAGUGCAUUGAUGUAUCGAAAAACGGUUUCUACAUCAGCAAAACCAGCGUCGCCAACACCAUAUUAAUGCACAAAAAUCGGAUUUUGAUUCUCUCUUCAUCUAAUUGUCGAGUAGUUUAGUAUUAGUUAAGCUUGACAAUAAAUCAGGAAACAAGCUAGAACGUCUUGUACCAGCGGGUGUUUGCCCUCCAGAAGCGGACAGGCGCGCGGAGGAGACCAAUCGCAAUCACCGUCAGCACGGUUAUAG